AUGAAUGAUAUACGAAUAAUAUUAUUUACAGUGACCAUUUCCAUAUCAGCCAUAUUAAUAUUUAAUAGCGUAGAAAGUUGCAAUGAAGCUGUUUGUGCAAGUGUCGUUAGUAAAUGUAUGUUAACCCAAUCAUGUAAAUGCGAUUUAAAAAAUUGUUCAUGUUGCCAAGAAUGUUUUACUUGUUUAAGCUACCUUUAUACCGAAUGUUGCUCAUGUGUCGACAUGUGCCCCAAACCAAAUGAUACGGGAAAUGCUCUGAGUAAAAAAAGUCAUGUAGAAGAUUUUCAAGAACCCAUACCUGAUCUUUUUCAAGCUUUGAUGGCUGAACCUGAUACUUUGGAAAGGUGGCAUACUUUUACAUACCCUAUCGAUUUUGAUUUAUCAAUAUACAGGCCAAAAAUCGAAAAAGAAAUUAAAAUUUUAACUCAAAGUAACGAACAAGAAAUCACUUUUAGAAAAGACAUAAUUACCCUAAAUUGUACAGUGGCUUAUAUGAGUCAAUGUAUGUCAUGGAACAAAUGUAAAAGUUCAUGUCAAUCCACUGGUGCUAGUAAAUAUAGAUGGUUUCAUGAUGGAUGCUGCGAAUGUAUUGGACAUACUUGCAUAAAUUAUGGAAUCAACGAAAGUCGUUGUUUAAAAUGUCCUCUUACAAAAGAAGAUUCACCAGAAGAUAAAGCUGCAUUUCAUUAUGACGAUGAAGAUGACAUUGAUCAUAGCAUUGAGGAAAAAGCCUUAAAACAAGCUCAAGCUGAAGUACAUAGGAUGUCUUAUAAUCCAUAA